AUGGAGUUCUGGAAUUCUACCUUGGACAGUGACUUCAUCUUGGUGGGGAUUCUGAAUAAAUCUGAACAUCCCAAUCUUAUCUGUGCCACAAUUGGUAUCCUGUGCAUGUUAGCUCUGACCAGCAAUAGCCUGCUGCUCCUGGUCAUCACAGUUGAUGUCCGACUUCAUGUACCUAUGUAUUUCCUGCUCAGUCAGCUUUCUCUUAUGGAUUUGAUGUUUGCAACUAUAAUUACUCCCAAAACAAUCUCAGAUUAUCUGAGUGGGCAGAACACCAUAUCAUUUGCAGGCUGCACAUUUCAGAUGUUAUUAAUCCUCUCUUUGGGAGGUGCAGAGGACCUACUAUUGGCCUUUAUGGCCUAUGACAGAUAUGUAGCCAUUUGUCAUCCUCUGAACUACAUGAUCCUCAUGAGACCAAAGAUCUGUUGGCUCAUGGUGGCUACUUCCUGGACAACUGCAUUUAUUAAUGCUGUGAUACAUACAUCAUAUACUAUGCACUUUCCUUUUUGCAUGUCUCGGGAAAUCAAUCAUCUUACAUGUGAGAUUCCACACUUGCUAAAGCUGGCCUGUGCAGAUACCUCCCAAUAUAAGUUCAUGGUAUAUGUAAUGGGUGUGAUCUUUCUCAUUCCUACAUUAUCUGCUAUCCUGGCCUCCUAUACAUUUGUCCUAGUUGCUAUCCUUAACAUGUCUGUAGGUGAGGGGAGACAUAAAACCCUUAUCACAUGCUCAUCUCACUUAACAGUAGUUGGGAUGUACUAUGGAGCUGCAGUGUUAAUGUAUGUACUACCCACUUCCUACCAUAGUCCCAAACAGGACAACAUCCUCUCUGCAUUUUACAUUAUCAUUACUCCAGCACUAAACCCUCUCAUCUAUAGUCUUAGAAACAAGGAAGUAAUGGGGGCCUUAAGAAGAGUAUUUGGCAGAUUCAUUUCUGUCCAGCAACGGUAG